AUGCAGAUAGUCUCCGAACUACCGUUGCAUGGGCAAAUCUCCGAUAUGAAUGUUUAUAAUUGGUUUAAGAGUAGACGUGCUCGUUUAAGAAGGCUUGACAUAUCCACACAGGCACGUGAUUCUAAACUUGUAAUUCAGCCAAGGGUACAAAAAGACAAAUUGCGUAAGAGACAUAUAGAAGUAUCUACAAGUUCUACACAUAUGCCAGGAAGAAGGAUGAGAUGUUAUCCUAAAUUCACAGCAGAUUCUAUUGAUCAUGUUGAAUUACAAAAGGAUCUUCAAGUUGAUGAAAACAUUGGCGUGGAAAAACAAUUUGAAGAUGACAAUAUGCAAUCUCAAUGUGAUAGGUUAAGUGAAUCAACUUUGAAAAAGUUAAUAGAUAUCUUAAAGAUAAAUCCAUAUUGUCGUUUCUUUCGAUCAUUAAGUGAAGUUUCUGAUUUUGAUUCAUGUUGUAUCGUACUGGGGUCUGAUCCGGGUCUCAACCAGAGAGUAUAUAACAUGCCAUCAUGUGAACAGGUGGCUGCAGUGUGGGUUGAUGAUGAUCCAUCUGCAAACAUAAAGACUCGUGAUAUAUUAAUUUAUGGACAUUCCAAUACUGCACAUAGAGUAAAUUACUAUUAUGGCUGUUAUGAUCCACUUCAAUAUCCAUUAAUAUUUACCUAUGGAGAAGCUGGAUGGCAUGAAUGUAUCGAAAAGGUAAAUUUGAAUACUUCAAUAGUCCAUGAAGAUUUCAUACAAAUCAAUCAAAUUGAUUCGGCCGAACAAUUUAUAGAGAUAGAAGAUCGUGCUAUGAAGAGACGUAAGAAACGAAUUACUGUGUCAUGCCGUGAAUAUUAUUGCUACAAACUUCAAAUCAGACUUUCAGAUAAGUCUGUACUCCUUCAUACAGGCAGACUUCUACAACAAUAUAUAGUGGAUAUGUAUGUUAAGAUUGAAAUUGCGAGAUUAGAUUAUUUUCGUAAUAAUCAAAAGAUCAUACGAGGUGAACUUCACCUAGGAAUUUUAGAUAGUAUACAAAAUAGUGAGAAUAGAGGCUAUAAAAUUGGCAAAUCAAUUGUGUUGCCUAUAGGGUUUAUUGGGGGUCCUAGAAAUUUAACUAAAAGAUAUAUGGACGCAAUGUGUUUAGUUCAAAGAUAUGGAAAACCUGAUGUAUUUUUAACAAUAACAUGCAAUCCAAAUUGGUCUGAGAUUAAACAAGAAUUGAGGCACAAUGAUAGUGUACAAAAUAGGCCAGAUUUGUUAUCCCGAAUAUUUCGAGCAAAACUUGAAGAACUAAAAAUAGAUUUAAUAAAGAGAGAAAUUCUAGGGCCUAUAGCUGCCUAUGUGUAUGCAAUCGAAUUCCAAAAAAGAGGUCUACCUCAUGUUCAUUUUCUGUUGAUAUUUAAAAUGAAUUUUAAGGUUACUAAUUCUACGCAAAUUGAUGAAAUUGUUUCUUGUGAAAUACUAGAUCCAAAGAGAAAUCCUCACCUGCAUGCUACUGUGGUCAAACAUAUGAUGCAUGGUCCUUGUGAACAAUUAAAUCCUACAAAUGUGUGCAUGAAAAAUAACCGUACUUGUAAAAACAAGUAUCCAAGAGAAUACAUUUUGCAUACUUCAUUAGGUAAUGAUUCAUAUCCACUUUAUAGGCGUCGUGACGAUGGUCUUACUGUUAAGGUCAGAGGGUCUGUACUAGACAAUAGAUGGAUUGUACCAUAUAAUCCUUAUAUUUUAGCUAAGUAUGAUUGUCACACUAAUGUUGAAAUAUGUUCUUCUGUUAAAGUAGUCAAAUAUUUAUACAAAUAUGUAUACAAAGGACAUGAUCGUGUUAAUUUUACGGUGAAUAAAGAAACUAAUGAGCAUUAUAUUGAUGAGAUUUCGAAUUAUCAAACCGCUAGAUGGAUAUUUGCACCAGAAGCUAUAUGGAGAAUUUUUAGUUUUGAUUUAUUCGACAUAUCUCCUUCUAUAGUUUCGUUGCAGUUACAUAUUGAAGAUGCUCAGUUGGUUACAUAUAAUGAAACAGAUGAUCUAUCAGAAGUUAUAAAUAAAGACUCCAUUCAACGAACAAUAAUAGUUGCUGCUAAUCCAUCUGAGGGCGAGAGAUACUUUCUAAGAGUUUUAUUGAAUCAUGUUAAAGGGCCUAAGUCUUUUCAAGAUUUAAGAACAGUUAAUAACAUUGUUGUGCCUACUUAUCACGAAGCUGCAUUUUUACAUGGUCUCAUAGGGGGGAAUAAUUAUUGUGAAAUGUGUUUAAAUGAGGCGAUCACCUAUGAUAUGCCUAUAUCAUUGCGUCGCCUCUUUGCUAAUGUGUUGAUUUUUUGCAGCCCUGCAAAUCCUAGAAAUUUAUGGGUUAAAUUUAAAGUGUACAUGAUAGAAGAUUUUUUACAUGCAAGCAUGACAGUAUGUGAUGCCGAGAUUAGGGUUUUGAGAUGCAUAAAUUCAUUCUUAGAAGUUUUUGGUACAAACAUAAAUAAUUUUGGUCUGGUAGAUUUUGACGUAAUUGUGAAUAAUGCUGAUGCGUUAGCAAACAUGAUUUUAAAAGAGACUACAAAUAUUAAUAUUCAGUCUGACAUUUUUUUUAUUAAUGGUCCAGGAGGUACUAGAAAAACUUUUCUGUACAAGGCAUUACUUGCUGCAGUACGAUCUCGACAACUUAUUGCAUUAGCAACAGCGUCAUCGGGAGUGGCUGCUUCUUUAUUGCCAGCUGGGAGAACUGGUGAUUCACUUUUUAAAAUCUCACUUCAAGCACGUUCUGAUAUGCGAUGUUCAGUAAGUAAACAAUCAUCAUUUGGUCAACUUUUACAAAUGACAAAGCUAAUUGUGUGGGAUGAAGCACUGAUGAUUAAUAGAUGUGCUUUUGAAACUUUGGAUAAAAUGUUAAAAGAUAUUACUGAAUGUGAAUUGCCAUUUGAUGGAAAGGUUGUUGUGUUCGGAGGAGAUUUUCGACAAGUGUUGCCAGUAGUACAAAGAUGA